GUCAGGGCCGUUUGCACCCGACAGUAUACUGGGAAUUGCGGGCUUUCAUAGCUGACGCUUGACACGGAGAUCAGCGGGUAUUGAAAAGUGAAGAUGAAAGUAUAAGGCGGUGGAAAUGACCUCGACAUCAGCACCGUUUCCCAACUUCAAAAUGCCGCUCGUUCACAUCGAGCGACUGCUCAAAACAGCUUAUUCGGGGAUUGUGGCGUUUUUAUAGCCCAAUAACCAUUAACGAUGCCAUUCAAAUAAUAUCAUACGCGAGGUAGUACUGUUAUAUUGAAUAUCGGUACGACUCGGAGGUACUGCAGGUACUGAAGAAAAAGACUGCUGAGUCGCUUUGGUGGCGUGUAAUUCCGAUGACUUAACAACUUGAUGAGACAUAACAGCCGAGCGUGUCCGACCGCCCGUGUCGGUUUGCCGCAACAGUAAGGGCCCUGAGCAGUGUUCAUAAUCGUUCACCCUUCAACUUCCAUGGCAAGGCGGAUUGACCGACUUGCCCAGCCGAAACCCAACCUGCUCAAAUUUCCUGACAGAUGUUCUGUAUAUUGGUUGGAUAAGCUCCCUGCAAAAUCAAACAGUCCUGCAACUACCUUUGAUCUAACUCCACGCUGGUUCCGGCUGUCAGAGAGUAAAAAAUGUCCUUCCUUUGAGAACAACAGCCGCUCACCUGAAUGGAAGGUGAGUGGAGCAGCGUUAAAGGCUUGUCCCUCUGACAGAAUAUCCGCGCUUGCUCUACCCCGUCUGCCUGCGGCGGGUUGCCAGCCUGAUCGCCCUCUGCUGCCCACAACAAGCUUGGCUAUGAGAACCACUAGGGUGAGCGCCCGGAUCUGUCAGUUGGCUUGCCCGAACAAAAACAGAAGGAUGUUGACUCACUCAUGCAGCAGCUCUGAAACCUCACAGGCUGCUCCUCAAAAAACCCUCCCGUCCCUCCGAACGCUUCUCCUUGCUACCCCUAGCAGGAGCACCCUCUGCACCGUCCGGACAGGCCCGUGUCGUGGUCUGUGUCGAGGUCCGCUCGGCAGGCUGUGGCCAAUCAAAGGCUGCAGGUGCUGUCCACGGCCAGGCCCCGCGAGCCCCUGCGCGAGGGUUUUGACCCCUACCGUGUGAGCGCGGCUGCCCGUGCCGCUACUGCGUCCCCGAGGUUACAAGAGCUCG